CGCCUGGGAAAUCCAUUAAACAACAGGAUGGGUUUCCUUUCGUUAAGUCACUCCUUUCUUUAUCUCUGCUCCUUCCUCCACCUCAUCACGGCCUACAACCCCACCGACAUCAUUAGGCUUGACUGCGGCGCAACAACCAACACCAACUCCUCCGACGACAGGCCCUGGAAUCUCGACUCCGGAUCCAAAUUCAUGCCUCCAGCCUCCAACGAUUUGUCGACUAUUUCCACAGCCGACCAACAACCUUCCUCCGUCGAACAGAUUCCCUAUUUAUCCGCCCGCAUAUUCCCAUCCCAGUUUACCUACACUUUCCCUAUCUCGUCCGGCCCCAAGUUCCUCCGCCUCUACUUCUACUCAGCCAACUAUUCCGGCCGCGAUAUCACCAAAUCAUUCUUCACCGUCUCCGCCGCCGGUCAUACUCUUCUGGCUAAUUUCAGCGUUUUCCUUUCCUCCCCUGCUAAUUCUGCUUCCUUCGUUAAAGAAUUCGUGGUCCACGUCGAGAAUAGUCAAACCCUCCAGCUCACUUUCACUCCCACAUCCUCCGUGGAUUCCUACGCCUUCAUCAACGGUGUAGAAAUUGUUUCCAUGCCGGACAAUCUCUAUCUAACCGGCCUCAACUCUUCUAACACCACCCUUGUCGGGCAGAAUUCCAGGUUUAUCAUCGAUACCGACAUGGCACUCGAGACUCUUUACCGACUAAACGUGGGUGGCUCAUCAAUCGACGUCCAGAACGACACCGGAAUGUUCCGGAAGUGGGAUAACGAUAUCCAAUAUCUUAAGGGCAAUUUGAUGGGUAAAGAACCUUACUUGAAUUUCACUGUCCUGUACAACAACCGAACUCCGGCUUACACUGCACCAGAGUAUGUCUACACAACCCAGCGAUCCAUGGGUCCCGACCAGAAUAACUUGCAGUUCAACAUGUCGUGGAUCUUCAGCGUCGAUUCGGGUUUUAGUUAUCUCGUGAGACUCCAUUUUUGCGAAUUUAUAAUCGAUAUAGAUAGAAACAAUCAACGGGUUUUCACUGUAUUUCUGGGGGAUCAGAUUGCCGAUAAAAGUGUGGACGUGUUCAGAAGAGCCGGCGGCAGGGAAAUCCCUAUAUUUAGCGACUAUGUAGUAUCGGUACCCGUGGGGAACGAUGAUGGCAUACCUUCAAAACAGGAUCUGUAUCUUUCUCUCUUCCCAAACAUAGAUUCGAUACCCAGUUACGUUGACGCUCUACUUAGCGGCCUAGAAAUCAUGAAAUUGAACAAAUCGGACGGAAGUCUCGCCGGUCCAAAUCCUACAGUUCCAGGGUCCCCUGUAAAUCAGAAUAGAAAGGGUUCAUCAUCAUCCUUAGGAGCCAUUGUCGGAGGUGUGGUGGGCGGAAUUGCUGUAAUCGCAAUAUUGGCCUUCUUGAUUUUGAAGCGCAGGAGAAAAGUGGUUGAUUCGCCCUUUACCAAUCUUAAAAGCUAGAACCGAUUCUAAUAAAAUUGGAUGAAUAUUAAAUUGAAAACCGGAGUCUAA